AUGGCUGCUGUCUCUGAUCCCGAGAAGUAUGCCUCCGACAAGGCUCCUCAGGACUAUGUUGGCGAUGUCUCUGCGACUCCCUUUGUCAACGCCGACAAGCUCGCACGCCGCCUAUCAGGCCGCCAGGUCCAGAUGAUAGCUAUCGGUGGUACCAUCGGCACCGGCUUGUUCCUGGGUACGGGCAAGUCUCUUGCUACAGGCGGUCCGGCGUCCACCCUCAUCGCCUAUGCUAUCUGCGGUGGAAUCGUCUUCGUGACCAUGCUCUGCCUGGGAGAGAUGGCCGCCUUCAUGCCCGUUGCUGGCUCAUUUUGCACAUAUGCGGGACGCUUCGUCGAUGAUGCCUUAGGUUUUGCCUUGACCUGGAAUUACUGGUUCAAUGAUGCUGUUUCCACUGCUUCGGAUAUUAUUGCCUUACAGUUGCUGCUGGAAUACUGGACCGAGAAUUUCCCAGGCUGGGCGAUUAGCUUGAUUUUCUUGGUCGUGGUCAUCGGGCUGAACAUUUUGUCCGUCCGUGUCUAUGGCGAAGUAGAAUAUUGGCUGAGUUUGCUCAAAGUGAUUACGAUUGUGAUCUUCAUUAUCAUCGGCAUUGUCGUCAACUGUGGCGGCAACACCGAUCACGAGUAUAUUGGAGGUAAAUACUGGCAUAUCGGAGAUGCACCUUUUGUCGGCGGCAUUGGUGGAUUUGCCUCCGUCUUCGUCACAGCCUCCUUCGCCUAUGGCGGCACCGAAUCUAUUGCCAUCACGGCCGGUGAAACAAAGAACCCAACAAAGACCAUGCCUCGAGUUGUCCGCAAUGUGUUCUGGCGGAUUGUACUCUUCUACCUGCUUUCCAUUCUCCUGAUUGGCCUGAAUGUGCCCUACAACUACCCUGACCUGUCGACUGGGGACACCGCCACAAGUCCGUUCACCAUCGUGUUUAAAAUGGUCGGUAGCAAUGUGGCAGGCAGUUUCAUCAACGCAGUGAUCAUGACAUCCGUAAUCUCUGCCGCCAACCAUGCCCUGUUCGCCGGAUCCCGUCUACUGUAUACCCUCGCUGUCGAUGGCUACGCGCCUAGUUUCUUCGGCAACUUGAACCGCUUCUCUGUUCCUUGGGUCGCCGUGCUGGCCACCUCCGUCAUCAGCGGCCUGUGCUUUGGCGCGAGCUACAUCGGCGCUGGCCAGCUUUGGUCCUGGCUGCAGAACAUUGUCGGCGUCUCUAAUCAGCUCUCCUGGAUCUGCAUUGGCCUCGCCUCGCUCCGCUUCCGCGGCGCCAUCCGCUCCCAGGGCCUGGAGCACCUUCUUCCAUUCAAGAACUGGACCUACCCCUACGGUCCUAUCUUCGCAGUCGGACUGAACAUUGUCCUAGUCCUCGUCCAGGGUUGGAGCUGCUUCAGCCCGCACUUCAAGCGCGUCGACUUCGUCUCGCUCUACAUCGAAAUCCCGAUCAUGAUCGUCAUGUUCCUCGCGUGGAAGCUCAUCAAGCGCACGCACUUCGUACGUAAAUCCGAGAUGGAUCUCCGCACGGAUCGAUAUGACGGCGGCCAGGACGAUAACAAUUAUCCCGAAGAGGUUGCACUCGAGACAAAACGGAAGGGCAUUGUUGGCAAGCUACAGCGCAUUGGACAAUGGCUGUUCCUCUAG